CUCGCAAUGCCCAGGGCUCUUGGGGCAUCGCCAAACACGAUGCAUCAGUAACUUUCGGGGCUCCCACCCGGCGUUGUCAGCAACACAAGAAGCAUUGUACCCGCGAUGGCAUAUAAAGCUCCACGAGGAGUCCCCUCCAUGAGAGCGUCAAACAUCACAGCUUCUCACCAAACCUCAUUCACAGACUCAUCAACCAUCCUCCUUGUUAUUUUCAGCAUUACCAGCAGAAGCUUUCGUCAUGUCUAAGCUCAUCACUGUUUUUGGCGCCACUGGCAACCAAGGAGGCUCGGUCAUCAAGCACAUCCUCGCUGAUUCGACACUCUCCAAGACCUUCAAAAUCCGCGGUAUCACUCGCGACACUUCUAAGCCUGGCGCCCAGGCUUUGGCUAAGCAAGGUGUAGAAAUGAAGAGCGCUGAUUUGAGCGACAAAGCCUCCGUGACAAAGGCUCUCCAAGGGUCUGACACGGUCUUCCUUGUCACCAACUACUGGGAGAGCGCCAAAUAUGAGGUCGAGUUCGACCAAGGCAAGAAUGUCGCAGAUGCCUCCAAGGAACUUGGUGUUCAGCAUCUGAUCUUCUCGUCUUUAUUGCACGUUGGCAAGAUCACAAACGGCCGUCUAUCUCACGUUCCUCACUUCGAGGCGAAGUCAGACAUUGAGGAUUACAUCAAGAAGAUUGGUGUCCCCGCUUCAUUCUUCCUGCCUGGGUACUUCAUGAGCAAUUUCACUCAGUCAGUGCAGAAGGGCGAAGAUGGUUCGCUGUCUUUCGCAUUCCCAGUCAGCAAGGACGCGAAAUUUCCUCUGAUAGACAUCGCUGAAGAUACUGGUAAAUUUGUCAAUGGAAUACUCAAGAACCGUGACGAAACCCUCAACAAGCACAUUCUUGGUGCUGAGAACUACUACACACCCGAGCAGAUCCGUUCAAGCCUAGAAGCGGCUACUGGAAAGAAGACUCACUUUGCGCAGAUCACAGCCGAACAGUACAAGGGCUUCCUGCCAGGUUUCAUUGCUGAGGAGAUGCUUGAGAACCACCAGUUUAUUGACGAGCCGGGAUACUACAACGGCGCCGAGCUCAAGGAAAGUCAUGAUAUCGUGGACGAUAAGCUUGUAAGCUGGGAGGAGUUUAUCAAGAAGAGUGGUGCUUUUUGAGGGGCCUUGCUUGAACAGAAUGACGCCGACGACUUCACAGUAGCAAAGUCUCAACAUCGGUCAAACACUUGUAAUUCUCCAAAGUGCUUAUCCACAGUGAAUAACUCAUGCGUCUUCCCAUUUUGGGGAUCCACGCCACCGGUACAUGGCUUUCCUGUAGGAGUCAGAAUUUAAUCCAAGGGCCUUCAGCUCUCCUCUCCACCUUCAACAGGCAACAUCCGCUACGCAUCCUGCGC